AUGAGUGUGUCACAUUGCAGGUUCUAUGAGAACAAGUACCCGGAAGUCGAAGAAGUGGUGAUGGUGAACGUCCAGCAGAUUGCUGAGAUGGGUGCCUACGUGAAAUUGCUCGAGUACGACGACAUCGAGGGUAUGGUCCUCUUGUCGGAGCUCUCGAGAAGACGGAUCAGAUCGAUCCAGAAGCUCAUCCGGGUGGGCAGAAACGAGGUGGCGGUUGUACUCAGAGUGGACAAGGAGAAGGGGUACAUCGACUUGUCGAAGCGUCGUGUCUCUGCAGAAGACAUUGUCCAGUGUGAGGAGCGUUACAACAAGUCCAAGGCCGUGCACUCCAUCUUGAGAAGAUGCGCCGAAAAAUUCAAUAUCCCGCUGGAAGACCUCUACAAGACCAUAGUCUGGCCGCUGGCCAAGGAGUACGGCCACGCGUUCGAUGCGUUCCGGAUCUCCAUCACGAACCCCUCCAUCUUUGACUCUCCCAACGUCCACGCGCCUUCGAAAGACAUCCUGGACGACUUGAAAGCCAACAUUGCGAGAAGGUUGUCUCCGCAGGCGAUAAAGUGCAGAGCCGACAUCGACGUCUCCUGCUUCUCCUAUGAGGGCAUCGACGCCAUCAAGAAGGCCUUGGCUGCCGCAGAGUCGCUCUCCGACGACAACAACCAGAUCAAGGUCAAGUUGGUUGCUGCCCCUAGGUACGUCAUAACCACACAGAGUCUAGAAAAAAACAUGGGUAUCGAGUCCUUGAACAAGGCCAUCGAGAAGGUGUCCGAGGUGAUCUUGAGCUUUGGAGGCGUCUGCGAUGUCGCUAUGGCUCCUAAGGCCGUCACGGCCACUGAAGACGCAGAGUUGCAGGCCUUGCUCGAAAGAAAGGAAAUGGAAAACAACAUGGAUUCCGAGGACGAGGACGACAACGAAGACGAAAGCUCCGACGAAGAGUAG